CUGUCUGCAGUUCGCGGGCUCGGAGCGGAGGCGCGUAGGAAGGGUAGUGGCGGCCCGUGCAGGUCGCCAGCCCCGCCGCUGCGCGCCCGCCAGCGUCUGACGUGGCUGGCUGGCCCCAGCCCCCCUCCUAGAACGCUCCCGUCAGCCCAGGUGGUCGGUCCCCUUCCGCGAGGUUCUGCCUGCCUCGGUGGCGCAGACCUCGGGGGCGUUGGGCGCGCAGCGCUGUUUAACCGUCGCCCCCGCCCGUGCCGCGCUGGGGACUGCCUGAGCCGAGGCCUCUGGCGCUGACGCCCCAAGGUAAAGCGAGACCUGAACAGCCCAAGGGCAUCUAACGCCAGUCACCAGGGCCGCCCCUUAGGUGACCCGCACACACGGGAGUUUACUUCUUAGCCCGCUCAGGAUGGGGGCUGAAAAUGAGCUCGCUACUGUUGAAAGGCUGAAAGUUUUAAGUGUUGCAACGUCGUAUCUAGUAAUAUAGGAUCCAGAGCCCCGUGCCAGCAGCCACCCAGAGCUGCCCCCUCCAGGCUCCUGUGACCACUGGACAGCAAACCCACCAUGUCUGGGCCUCAACACACGGAGCAGGCGCCAGAUUCCCAGGGAGACUCGCCCUUGGGCAGGAGUGACGAGGAUGCCAAGGAGGGGACCCAGAGUUCCCACCGCAUGCUGGGCUUCAGCGACGCGCUGCUGUCCAUCAUUGCCACCGUCAUGAUCUUGCCUGUAACGCACACGGAGAUCUCCCCAGGGCAGGACUUUGACAGAAGCAUGCAGAAACUUCUAGCCACCAGGAUUGCUGUCUACCUUAUGACGUUUCUAAUCGUGACAGUGGCCUGGGCCGCACACGCUAGGUUGUUUCAGGUUGUUGGGAAAAUAGAUGAUACACUUGCCUUGCUCAACCUGGCGUGCAUGAUGACCAUCACCCUCCUGCCUUACACAUUUUCCUUAAUGGUGACCUUCCCUGAUGUGCCUCUGGGCAUCUUCUUGUUCUGUGUGUGUGUGAUCGCCAUCGGGGCUGUGCAGGCGCUGAUCAUAGGCUAUGCCUUCCACUUCCCACACCUGCUGAGCCCACAGCUGCGCAGCUCCACCCACAGGGCCGUGACACGGCAGCACAUCCUGCUUCUGGUCCUCCGUGGCCCAGCACUGUGCUUUGCUGCAGCUGUUUUCUCCCUCUUCUUCUUCCCCAUGUCGUACCUGCUGAUGGUGACUGUCAUCUUCCUCCCCUACAUCAGCAAGGCCGCCAGCUGGUGUAGAGACAGGCUUGUGGGGCACAGGCAUCCCCCAGACCACGGUGUGGAGCUCUUCACCUUUGACCUUCACGAGCCCCUCAGCAAGGAGCGGGUGGAAGCCUUCAGCGAUGGAGUUUACGCCAUUGUGGCCACACUGCUCAUCUUGGACAUCUGCGAGGACAACGUCCCCGACCCCAAGGAUGUGAUGGAGAAGUUCCACGGCAGCCUGGUGGUGGCCCUGGGCGAAUACGGGCCGCACUUUCUGGCAUACUUCGGCUCCUUUGCCACGGUGGGGCUGCUCUGGUUCGCCCACCACUCACUCUUCCUGCAUGUCCGCAAGGCUACACAGGUCAUGGGGCUGCUCAACACACUCUCACUGGCCUUCGUGGGUGGCCUGCCCCUGGCCUACCAGCAGACCUCAGCCUUCGCCCGGCAGCCCCGCGAUGAGCUCGAGCGAGUGCGAGUCAGCUGCGCCAUCAUCUUCUUCGCCAGCAUUUUCCAGUUUGCCAUCUGGACUGCGGCCUUACUGCACCAGGCGGAGACGCUACAACCAGCAGUUCAGUUUGGUGGGCAGGAACAUGCCUUCAUGUUCGCCAAGCUCGCCUUGUACCCCUGUGCCAGCCUGCUGGCCUUCGCCGCCACCUGCCUGCUGAGCCGGUUCAGCACAGCCAUCUUCCACCUCAUGCAGAUCUCUGUGCCCUUUGCCUUUCUGUUGCUGCGCCUGCUUGUGCGUCUUGCCCUGGCGGCCCUGCGGGGCCUGCACUCCCUGCGGCCAGCACACCUCCCACCAGGCCGGGCCAGUGAGGCUGAUGCUGAUGCCCAGGCCCAGCUGCUGCCUGCCUCCUGCUAGCACUAGAGGCCACACCCACUACCUGCCUACCCCACCCAAUGCCAUAGGUCUCAUCUCCACUGUGAAACGUCUAUCCAGAGGAUGCAUGCUGCUCUGCACAGGAACUUACACCCAGACAUGGGUCUCUCCCUUACCAAGAACAAGUUGCCUUGGGGUCUGCAUCUGGAUGGCUUCAGGCAGGCAAGCUGCCCAGGACGCCAGAUCCUCUGCCCAGCCACCCUGCCCACCCCACCCCAUCCAUCUGGGCCUCUGCCUAGGGCCCUGAGUGGCACCUCUUCCCCAAGACUCAGCUGUUGGACUGGGAAGUCCCUAUCUGAGAGGCGACACACCCCAGACCACCUGCCCAGCACGUGCAGCACCACUGGGUCUCCCAGUCCUUCCAGCCCGUCCUGAUGUUCAGCCGCUGGACACAAGUACAAGGGAGGGCACUGCAGGACACUGAAGCCCAACUCUAUUUGUCCCAGGUAUAAGUUAGGUCACAUUCAGAUAGCAGUACAUCAUAAGGAGAGGCCUGGGGCCCAGGGUCACAGCCCUGCAGGCAGUCUCACUUAAAUAGAAGAUAGACCACACAGACACAAUUUACAAACGAUUCCUGCAGGUUGAAGUCAACUAACUACGCCACUAAGGACUUGUUCUGAAGAUGACAAGUGAUGUAAACAUAAGGACUGCUACUCUGAGACCACCAAUGGAGUAGAGGUGCAUGUGUCUGCAGUUUUGGCAGAAGCGGGGAUGGGAUGUGGCACUGCGGCAUGGAGAUUCCCGGGGAGGCACAGGUCACACCUGGAAGCCAGCCCAUGUGCAAACCCAGCACCAUGAGUGCUAGGAAGGGCUGGACCAGGUCGUCUCUUGCUUUGGGGACCUCUGCAGACUCCCUACACAGGCCGCUUAGUUUUGGUCAGAUUCCUCCAGCAUCUGCGGGGUAACAAUGAGCUCCUGGGCACAGUUAGAAGCUCUUCAUUCAAACCAGCCAAGUCAUCCCAGCAGAGCGCUCCGAGGGGCUCAGCCAGCAGUACUGCCGGGGUAGAUGGGAGCUGUGUCUACACUGGUGUGCCAGAGCCCAGGUUGCUGGCAAAGCAUUAUGUAAAGUGCUACGUUUAAGAACAAGGGCAUUAAAUGCACUCCCCCACA